AACUGUCCAAACCAAUAACGAAAACAACAACAACAACAACUAAACGAAAACAUUUAAAACUUUUCUAUUACAACAAUGAAUCAAUUGGUUGCUAUCAUUUUCUUUGCUCUUGUUGCUCUUUCUACAACAAUUAGUGCUACAAAUCACGGUGACGGAGGUCAAAGUAAAAUUUAUCGAAACCAAGAUGUGAGUGGAAAAUACAAUUUUGGUUAUGAUAUCAAUGAUCCUUGGGGAUCAUCCAACUACCGACAAGAAUCUGGUGAUGGUUGGGGUAAUGUCCACGGUUCAUAUGGACUUAAACUUGCCGAUGGUCGUCACCGAACUGUUAACUAUAUUGCCGAUAAAAGUGGAUUCCGAGUUAAAUUGGACUCAAACGAACCAUCUGUUGACUCAAUCGACUCUGCUGAUGCCAUUUACAAUGGUGCUGAUCCUUCUGGUCACAGUUACACUAAUAUUAUCUCAGGAAACAAGGGAAACCAUUACAAUCACCAUGAUGGUUACAAUCAUGAUGGUCGUCAUCAUGUUGGCUCAUGGAACAAUGGAAACCAAUACCCAAACCAAUACAACAAUUACAACCAACACCGAAACCAAUAUCAAAACCAAUACCAACAUGGUCCAUACCACGGACAGAAUCACGAUUCAUGGAAUAACAAAGAUUCAUGGAAACAACAAAACAAACACGACAAUUGGGCCAAAAAUUAAGACCUUUUUGUUAAUAAUCUCACUUUCUCCUCCUAAACUCUAACCAAUUUCAAUCUCUUGUAUAUUUUGAUCGCUCACUUAUUAUUUAAAUCUUAAUUUAUUAAUUUAAUUCUCGUAGCAAUAAAAAACAUUCAUUUUUACAUUUCUAUUGUCAAACAAUAGUACUAUUAGUUUGCCAUCGAAAACUUUUCAGUGUUGCUCAUGUUAUUCAAAUUCAAGAGUGCUUCAAUUUCUGAAUAUCAGAAUAAAAUUAGUCAAGUUUACGUCAAUCAGUUGAUCAUUGAUGAAAUUUGUCAACUAUUUGACUAAUUACAUGAAGCUUCAAUAAGUUGAGGUAAAGUAAAACUAUAAAUUCCCUUGACUUAAUUGCAAUAAACUGACAAUUGAUUUUAAUCAAGAUGAUCAAUGUUACGUUUAAUUGAAUAAAUGAGCCUUUUGACAGAAAUCAGCUUUAUAACGAUUACAAUUUAAUUAAUUGGUUAUUAUAUUUAAUUGAAUCAAUGGUUUAGUUGAUUGUGUUCAAGGUGAUCAAAAGAAAAAUAAUAUUAACUCAACGAAAACAAUUGUUUCAAAUGGUUAAGAUUGAUGAUCACUUUUAAUUAUUUUGUUUGCUCACUGAUUCUAAUAAUCAGAUCAAAAUUGUUCACCAUGUAAUUGUAUUGUUCACAUUGAUCAUAAUCUUUAUUGUGUUAAUUGUUACAAAAACUAUUACCCAGUGACAUAAAAUUUUGUUAAUCUAUCGAAAAUCAGAUCAAUCAAAGAUGAAUUGUGUUUCUAGUUAUCUUUUAAUCAUCUCAGCUUUAAUUGUUGUUUUUUUGGUUAAAUCAUCAGAAGCCAUCGAAUCAAAUCAAACAGCCGAAACCAAUGUUACAUUACCAAUAAUUAGAUCGAGAUGUUUCUUUGGAUUUAUCCCAGGAUUCGGUGGAUCAGCAUCAUCUAUGAAUGGAACUCGAUUAGUAUCAACUGGUGGAUUAUUUUCACCGAUAUUUAAUUUCUGGAGUCGAAUGAGAGAUCAAAUGUUCGGUACAAUUACCGCAGUUCCAUCAUCUAAUCCAGUUAGUACACUUUUCUCCAGGGGUUAACAAUCAAUCGACACCAAUACAAUCAAAUCUUAAACCCAAUCUUCAAAUGUAUUUUGCUUAAACAUUCAAAUAAACAAAAGUUCAAUUGAUCUAA